AGUCACGUGUAAUAUCACGUGCCACUCCGAAAUCAAAAUUCUUUGUGCAGGAGGCUGCCCCACUGCCUGCCUCAAAGCCCUAAAUUUCUAACCUGCGCACGGCAACGAUAUCGCGACACUGAAAGCUUGAGGCAGAUAUCUUCCCAACACCUCGUCGACACCACUUCGCAUACCACUUCGAAGCUAUUCAAGAUGUCGUCGGGCAAGGUCAAGGCUGGUGCGCUCUGGGGCAAGAACAAGGAUGAUUUGACAAAGCAGCUCGCUGAGCUCAAGACCGAGCUUGGUCAACUCCGCAUCCAGAAGGUCGCCUCUUCUGGCUCCAAGCUGAACAGGAUCCAUGACAUCCGCAAGUCGAUCGCCCGUGUCCUGACCGUUAUCAACGCCAAGCAAAGGGCUCAGCUUCGCCUGUUCUACAAGAACAAGAAGUACGCCCCUCUCGACCUCCGACCCAAGCAGACUCGUGCCAUCCGUCGCCGACUAUCACCUGAGGAGAAGUCUCGCGUCCUCGAGAAGACCAAGAAGCGCACUGUUCACUUCCCUCAGCGCAAGUUCGCCAUCAAGGCUUAAGUUAAAAUGCUUGUAGUUUCUGGCGUGACAAGGACAACGGGUAGAAAGGAAACGGGGUAUGGAGGGCGUGGCGUGCUUUUUCUUUGAACUAAAGGCUUCGAAAUUUGCAUCGCAUGGCUCAGGGAAUCUCGGUCUGACUUGUACUUAUUUCCCGGCUUGGGGCCUCGAUUCGGGACGGCAUGUCCACAAUGGACUGCCUGGACAGGCAGUCUUUAAAAACAAAAAUGAGGUCAUGAUCAAGAAGUUCUGAGUGCAUCCUUGUGAUAGUUGUGACAAGAUGGUUGCGUCCAUGUAGGAGGAGGUCGUAUGCCUUGGACAAUCGACUCUUGGACAAUCAAGACCUAUGACUUUGGCAGAAACCUGAAAGAUAGACAAUUUACCAUAUUUCGUCUGAGACUAUACCCCAGAUCUUGCGUUAGUUUACGUUAAUUCAUCAAUUCGAUUCAAACUGACCUGGUUCUCUUGGAC